CAACCAGUUUCAAACAAAAACAUUGGGUUUUGUACGACUUCAUUCACUAGAUUUGCUUCAAAGAUUUUUCAGCGAGUUUAGACAUGGCUUUCAAUAACAUUAAAGACGGCGAAUUCACAAAAACGAUCUACAGUAUGAUCAAAGAUGAGCGAUACCACGACGCUAUCACCACCCUUGUCACAAUUGUGGAUGCCAACCCAACAUCAAAAGCAGGGCUGUCAUUAUUAGGAUAUUGCUGCUUCCAAAUCCAGGAUUUUUUCAAUGCUGCCAGUUGUUAUGAACAACUGUACAGUCUUUAUAGCGAGCAAGAAGAAUACAAACUCUACUGGGCCCAGUCGCUCUACGAAGCCGGCCUUUAUGGAAGCUCGUUGAAGGUUUGCAAUCAAAUCGUGGAUCCUAAACUCAAGGGCAAAGUGUUAAAACUAGAAGCAGCCAUUCGCUUUGCCGAGGAUGAUUUGGCCGCAGCCAUGAAUACCGUGAACGCAUGUUUUGCCCUGAGCUCCAGCAAUGACGUUGAUACGUUAGUUAACAUGGGAUGUAUCCGUUUCAAAGAGGAAGACUAUUCAAGAGCCUUGAACAAGUUCCAAAGUGCCGUGCAUGUAUCGGGUUUCGAACCCCAAUUACUCUAUAAUGUGGCAGUGUGCCACUACAAAAUGAAAGAAUACGCACCCGCCAUCAAGUCUAUCGCUGACAUUAUCGAACGCGGGAUUCGAGAUCACCCGGAAUUGAGUGUAGGCAUGGCAACCGAAGGAUUGGAAGUUCGGUCGGUUGGCAACACGCUAGCGCUACAUAAAAGUGCCCUUGUUGAAGCUUUCAAUCUUAAAGCUGCAACAGAGUAUCAACUAAAGAAUUUUGACGGAGCCAAAGAAGCGCUGACGGAUAUGCCCCCCAGACUGGAAUCGGAAUUAGAUCCGGUGACGUUACAUAACAUGGCGCUAUUAACAGCCGAUGCUAAUCCGAGUGAAAGUUUCGACAAACUUCAGUUCCUCCUCUUACAGCAAGUAACACAAAUGCAACAGCAACUUGAAAAUCCCGAGGCACGACUGACUGGUGCCGGGCCAUUGGUUUGCCCGCCUGAAACAUUCGCCAAUCUGCUUCUCCUCUACUGUAAAUACGAAUAUUUCGACUUGGCUGCCGACUUGAUGGCGGAGCACGCAGACAUGACUUACAAACACCUUAGUCCGUACGUGUUUGAUUUUCUCGAGGCGCUCAUCAUUCAGCAAACGUCACCGGAAGAGGCCUUUGCCAAGUUUGACGCUCUUUGUGUUCGAUACGGGGAGACGGUUCGACGUACCGGUACGAACUUGAAAGAAGCUCGACGACAACAGAGUUCGCACGCCAUCAGUGCAGCUGGGCUCGCGCACGAACAAGCCAUGGAGACUUACUUGCCCGUUUUGAUGAAUCAAGCUAAAAUUUAUUGGGAUCGAGAAAACUACGUUCAAGUAGAGAAACUUUUCCGGCAGUCGGCAGAACUUUGCGGAGAUGCAGAUGUCUGGCGUUUGAAUGUCGCGCACACUUUGUUCAUGCAAGAAAGCAAGUUUCGGGAAGCCACAAGUUUCUACGAGCCCCUGGUUAAGCAAAAUUACGAUAAUAUCUUGGAUGUCAGUGCCGUGGUGCUUGCCAAUUUAUGCGUUUGCUAUCUCGUGACGUCACAAAACGAAGAAGCUGAAGAACUUCUUAGGAAACUAGAGAAAGAAGAAGAGCAGAAAAGUCUUGAAAAUCCUCAAUCCAAGUUCUUUCAUUUGUCUAUAGUUAACCUGGUUAUUGGGACACUGUAUUGUUCCAAAGGCAACUACGAAUUUGGCAUCUCUCGCGUGAUCAAAAGUCUGGAACCAUAUCAUCAGAAGCUUGGGACCGAUACCUGGUUUUACGCUAAGAGAUGCCUCAUGUCCUUACUGGAGAAUAUGGCCAAACAAGUUGUGGUCAUUAAAGAUUCAAUUCUGGACGACAUCCUGCAAUUCCUCGACAGCUGCCAGUUUUACGGAAGGGAAGUACAAACGAUCCUGGAAAAUCCAACAGCUGUCAAUUUAAACGUUAGCAGCGCCCGAUUUACUGUAACAUACGAAGCAAGGAUUAUUAAAUGUCUGUUACUUCAGAUCAUCCGAAACUGAGGUAACAAUGGGUAAAGAUGUAUUGUCACUUUAUCCUCCGGUUCACUGAAUCAAAAAAAAAGGGUGAAAAAAAAAACAGAACGGGAAACAAAGAAUGGGUUGAAACGAGAGAAGGGAUGAGGGAGGAUAGAUUCAAAAGGUGUCACCACAAUACACAAUACAUACGACAGA